AAGGUAAGCAAUUUGGCCAAAGACAUUGGUUAAUAUGUACUCGUAACUCAUAAAAUGUUAUUGCUAUCGCAGAUCACAACUUUCAACAUUUCAUUGGUUGUGCAUGGGACAGUAGCAGAGAGUAAUGACUUUCAGAAGGAGAAAGACAACCCAUAUUCUGUUCCUCUCAGUAUGGGUAUCUUUAAAGUUCUAGAAAGCCCUCUGGAUAUCACAACAUCUACUAUAAUAAGACGAAUAGUAUCAAAUCAUGAAGCGUACCAGAAGCGAAAUGAGAAGAAGGUGGCAAGUGAGAAAAGGUAUUACGAGGGUAAGACAUUUGUUUCUGGCGAUUGAUUGAACUUCAAUUUUGAAGGUACUUAUCGUGUGAAGUUUAGUAGAUAUUUAUUAGUUUUAACAUAAAAGAAUCAUGUGGAGAGAGAUUGUGAUAGCAUGCAUUUGUUUCGAGAUCAUUUCUUAUAGGGCCAGCCAAGUUCUGAUUUAAUCUUGCCAUUCAGUUAUAUAGUAUUUGUAUUCUCAAUCUUGCUUUCUUGGUAUUUGAUCCAAGAUUUGAGUAAUAGUGAUACCAUUACGAUCU